GGGCGCGUAAUUCCCUUUCUUCUUCAAUUCAUUCACUCUGAAAACCUAAAUCUCCAAAUUGGAUCGAAAAUCGACGAAGCAAACAAAGAGAAAUGAAAGGUGGAACGGUUCAGAUUAACUGGCACGAAAGUAAACCCGUUUUAACCCUAGAUUUCCAUCCUCUCUCCGCCACACUCGCCACCGCCGGCGCCGAUUUCGACAUCAAGUUAUGGUCAAUUAAACCCUCAGGAGCACAGAAGAAGCUUCCAGAAGUUACUUAUGUCAAUAGUCUCUCUUAUCAUAGUUCCGCUGUUAAUGUUAUUCGCUUCUCUUCUUCUGGUGAACUUUUAGCUUCUGGGUCUGAUGGAGGUGAAUUGUUAAUAUGGAAGCUACAUUCUACGGAUACUGGCCAAACAUGGAAGGUUCUUAAGAUGUUACGAUCUCAUAUCAAGGACAUUAUGGACCUAGAGUGGUCUACUGAUGCUGCAUAUAUCAUAUCCGGAUCUGUUGAUAAUUCUUGCAUUAUAUGGGAUGUUAACAAAGGAACUAACCUUCAGACAUUGGAUACCCAUGCACACUAUGUUCAGGGGGUAGCAUGGGACCCUUUAGGGAAGUACAUUGCUUCUCUUAGUUCUGAUCGGACUUGCCGAAUUUACAUCAGUAAGCCCCAUAAAUCAAAGGGCGUUGAGAAAAUCAAUUACGUUUGCAAGCAUGUUAUUUCCAAGGCAGAACAGCCAUUAUUAAAGAAUUCUAAGUCCACAAAAUAUCAUCUUUUCCAUGAUGAAACAUUGCCCUCUUUCUUUAGAAGAUUAGCUUGGUCUCCAGAUGGUUCAUUUCUACUUGUGCCUGCAGGUUCUUAUAAAAUUGGUACUGCAUCUGAAUCUGUAAAUGCAGCUUACAUAUUUUCCAGAAAAGAUCUUUCUCGGCCUGCUAUACAGCUUCCUUGUGCAAGCAAAGCUAUUGUAGCUGUCCGGUUUUGUCCUAUAUUUUUUAACCUUAAGGGAACAAAUUCAGAUGGGUUAUUUAAGCUCCCAUAUCGCAUUGUAUUUGCUGUGGCCACAUUGAAUUCAUUGUACAUCUAUGACACUGAGAGCACUUCUCCAAUAGCUGUAUUUGCUGGUCUUCACUAUGCGCCAGUAACAGAUAUUACCUGGUCACCUGAUGCCCGUUAUUUGGCAUUCUCCUCGCAAGAUGGUUUCUGCUCUUUGGUGGAAUUUGAAGAUGGCGAACUUGGAUCACCUUACUAUUUAUCAAAAGGAAAUGUCUCAGACAAUGAUAGUAAAAGCACCCUGCAGACAGCCAACAACACUGUACUACCAACUGCGAGUGUUGGUGCAGUUGUAGCAGAAAGCAGGAAAACGGAAGCCGAAAAAAAUGUUGAUGACAUGGACAUAGAAACAUCUAGGGAUAUUGGUGCAGUCACAUCAGAAAGCAGGAAAACUGUAACUCAAGAUAAGGCUGAGGACAUGAUCAUUAAGUCAACUGGGAAUGUUAGUGCAGUUAUAGCAGAUAGUAGGAAAAAUGAAGCACAGCAGAAAGCUGAUGACAUGGUCAUUGAAGGAGGUACGGCAGAUAGUAUGAAAAGUGACGAAGAAGAGAAGACUGAUGACAUGAUCAUUGAGACAAAUGAGACUGCGAAUAUUGGAGCAGCUCUAUUAGAUAAUAGAAAAACUGAAGAUGCUACAGCAAAACAGGUUAGUAGUUCAGGUAGUGUUAAUUUUGGAGCUGAAGAAAAGGCUUUGAAACAACCAGUUAAUCCAGACAGUAAACAAAAUGAAGCAGAAAAGAAGGCAGAUAAACCACAAUCAACUUUAGAUGGCGUAAAAUCAAGGCCAGAAGAUAAAAUAGGGAAUCAAUUGUCUAGUUCAAAGAACACACCCGUAUCAAAUAAGUCAGCCAGGAAGCGCAUUACUCCUAUAGCAAUUGAUCCAUGAUUUUUCGAUGCCUAGGAAAUUUCAUUAACGUCUGCCUGUGUACAUUUUUUUUUGUGCGGCUACCGUUUCCUAACCACCUCCCUCUUGUUUUUUCAUGUUUUGGUUUACAUAUUAUGUAAUAUAAAUUACAUUGUAAUAUUUAUCUUUGGAGGAAGCAAAAUCUUCAUUUUUGAGA